GCGCCUCGCAGCCCCCCCAGCCCCCCGGGGCCGUGCCGCCGCCUGCUGGGAUUCGAGCUGCACGAGGUGACGCGAUGGCAGCGCCUGGUGAGGCUCCUGCACCGACCCACCGACCCUGCGGCGCUCGGGGCCUUCCGUGCCGCGUUCGGGCUGCUGAUGGUGCUGGAUGUGCCGCAGGAGCGCGGCAUGGCCCGGCUGGAUCACCGCUACCUGGACGGGCUGCAGGUCUGCCGCUUCCCCCUGCUGCCAGGGCUGCAGCCGCUGCCCCUCGACUGGAUGUACCUCCUGUACGCCGUCAUGGCGCUCGGUACGUGGGGGUGGGGAGAGAAUAAAUAAGGUCCUGGGGACAGAUAUGGGGUGGUGGGGAUGGGUAUGGGGUGAGAAUAAGGUCCUGGGGGCAGAUAUGGGGUGGUGGGGAUGGGUACGGGGUGAGAAUAAGGUCCUGGGGGCAGAUAUGGGGUGGUGGGGAUGGGUAUGGGGUGAGAAUAAGGUCCUGGGGGCAGAUAUGGGGUUGUGGGGAUGGGUACGGGGUGGGUACAGGGUGAUUGGGAUGGAUAUGGGGUCAUUGGCAUGGGUAUAGGGUGGGUACGGGGUCAUGGGCAUGGGUACAGCAUCACGGGGAUGGAUAUGGGGUAAGAAUAAGGUCCUGGGGGUGGCUAUGGGGUCCUGGGGAUGGGUACGGGGUCAUGGAGAUGGAUAUGGGGUGGGUAUG